AGCAGUUAAGAAAAAAUCGAUUUUGUUUACUCCUCAUUGCAAAAGCUAUUUCAAAGUGUGUGCUGCAUUUUGCGUUCUCCAAAUCAAGUGUUGAAAGGCCAGAUAGUAAUAACUAUGAUGCUGGAAUAUAAUCAAAGUUGAUUGAAUUGAACGCAAUCAUGAACCAAUUCUCCAACGGUUCAGUUUUUACACCGUCGGCAAGCGGUCCGUCUGGCACGAAAAGCACUACCACCGCCCAUCAGCUGCCAUUGUCUGAUCUUGAGAAAUCGUCCGCCCGUAAGGCCCGCAAGGAGGCGGAAAAGCAGAAAAAACAAGCGAAAAAAUACGAAGAACAGCUGAAAAAGAUCCGCGGUCCAAAAAGUCAGAAAAUCCAGAUCAUCGAUGAGAGCUUCCUGGAGAAGUACAAUAAUGCUCAAUCGUUACCACCGGGACCGAGUCUGAAAACAAAGAAACGUUCCAAGAAAACACCCAGCGAUGUGGUACAAAUAAAUUUAUCCGAUUGUAUUCGGGAUCGAUUGUCACUGGCGGAAAGGGGUGAUUGCAAACUGGGGGGCGAAACCAAGACUGUUGUUAAACCAGUAGUUCCGAUUGCAAUCACUCAACCGAUUAUUUUGCACAAAGGAAAGCAGCGAGAGGUGCCGAAGGAGAAAAAAUUAUCGAGAUUGAAAAAAGAAAUUAUAAACAAUCGGAAAAUCAAGCAGGAAUCUCCUACCGUCGGUGGAAGCGAUCAACAGCCGGCAAACGGUGAACCAGAAGACUUGAAAGCCGUUGGUAAUGUGCAUCAAACAGUAGCGGUCUCCAACGAUCACCAACCUGGACAGAAGGGCAACCUAAAGUUUGGAGUUUCGCCGUUUCUCAAGGCCAUAGAGAGAUGCUGUUCUAAUGAGGACAUGGUUCCACCGAGUGUCGGGUCUGAAGACUAUCAUAAUGGAUUUCCAGCUCUUAAUGAUACAGUUAAAAGUGUGGAAAAAAUUCAACAUUCCAGAGCAUUUAGAGGGUACUGUGAUCAUCUAAUCACGGACGAAUUGCGCAACCAUACCGAAGUGCUGGUAACUAAACUGUUCCAGUUUCAGGCAAGCGCUUACAGCAAAAAUCCAAUCAAAGCUGUAAGCAAUAAAAGAUAUUGCGUCGGCUUCAACGAAAUACUCAAAUAUUUGGAAACGCAUAAAGUUAAGCUGGUGCUGAUAGCACCGGAUUUAGAAUUGAAUGACAGUAUUGAUCAGUUAGUUGAACGAGUCAAAUCGAUCUGCCGCCAGGGUCGAGUUCCCUACAUAUUUGGUCCGAAGCGUAGGAAGCUCGGCUUUUAUCUCAUGAAAAAGGUUCCGGUAAGUUGUUUGGGUGUGCUCAGCUAUAGCGGAGCGGAUGAAACGGUUAAACGAAUGCUCGAAAUAGUUGAUCAAGAGCGCGUAAAUUACAGGAAUCUUACUGUUGAGACUCAAUAGUGCACCGCAAAUAGGUCACCUGAAAAGUGACCGUUCUUCGAGGCCAAAAGUGGAAUUCUAGUCAAACUUCCAUUACAUUCCUAUGACCUCUUCCUGUUUCGAAUCUGUCUAUGUGUGCAAUAUCAAAUAUACUACCCCCUCCCUCCUCCCAAUGCUACCCUUCCAAACUUAUCAGAAUGAUGCCAUAUAACUGUGUCUGGUGGUGUGUCGCUAAUUUCAAUUGAUAUUAACAUGAUUGCCUAAUCAUGUGUUUCUACACCUGCGGUUAUAUGCAAUUCAAGGGAUUCCGAAUGUAUCUGUGUUUAGGUGUUGUGCCACUGAUACGGAAGUAAGCCAGUAAAGCAAAGUUGUUCAGUAAAGUAUCAGUAAUAAAAGUAUCUAGUCAUGUACCAAA